CGAUAACGGCUAGGCUUACUAACUGGGUUAAUACAGAUGAUUACAUCAUAAACAUUGCGCGUGCAGUCACCAGGCACUAGAACGCAUGCAGUGACCGGUUGCGCAAUUGAGAGUGAGAAACUGGGUUAGAACAAACGGAGGAGCUGAAGAAGGAAGGGAUGAACAAUGGUUUACCUCGUCUGUAGACACUAUCAGCCUCAAACUAAUGUAGACACGCACAGAGGGGAGGAAAGAAAGGGGUGAAGGAGGAAGAGAGAGGGAGGAGAGAAUGGCACAGUCACAUAGAGACAGUGGUGAACAAUCGGUGGACGAAGCCUAGCUAAAGAAACAGAAGGAGAGGACAGGAGGUCGGAUAAAAGGGAUAAACUAUGUUCUUUUUUAUUUAAAGAUGGGGAAUGAAAGAGGGAGUGUUCGCCCUCGGCGUCAUAACGCAUCCAUAUAUUAGCCCAAACCAAACGCUCCACCGCCCGUCCAUGGCGUAAAGACUGGGGUACAUAAAUAUAUCUGAAAUAAUUAAAUAAUUCGCUGUGGCGAGAAGAGCGUCAGCCGCAGUGUGCCCUCCUUGCACCACGUAAGCGCAGCCGAAACAGAGACGAGGACAGGGAGGACGGAGAGAGAGAACAAGCCAUCCCUUUCCUAGCCGAACCAAGGAGAGAGGAAACGCGACAGGCAGACAACAAUGGGAAUAUAGGUCUAUAUAUACCUAAACCAUCUGUGAGCAACCAGCACAGCGGAGGUUUUUGUGGUGUUUUUAGCGGUUAGCUAUAAAGGAGACCGGGGAUUCGGUGUUGCAGCGGCCGCGCUGAAGAACCGCACAUGUCAACACGUUCAAGCUCCACAUCUCCAUCCCCGCCCUGCGCGGAUCGCAGAUCCGUCUAACGGCAACGCCAGGCAGGUUACCGAAUAACGGAACCGUUAACGGAACCGGGGAACAGUGAUGAGAAGGACUCGGAUCAAUGGUUUUAUGAUAUGAGCCUUUAUAAACGAAUCAAUUAAUGAAUUACUUAUCAUCGAUGAGAAAGGACCAAUCAAACAACUGAUUUCAUGGAUUCAUGUUGACAUUUUCGGAAUGAUCCCUAUAACCUGCUUGAUCGGUGUGAUGUGCUUAUCUAAGGAUCUAUAGGCUAUGGGCUCUAUUCAUGACAGAAAUAUAUACAUAAAUACCACAUUUAGGCUGAUGACUUAGUAGUAGUCUUAACAACCCAUGCGUUUCUUCCGAUCUCCAUCGAUAGAUACAUGGACAAUUAGGCCUACCCGUUAGAUCUAUGCGUUUGUCUUUGCAUAAAAAUAUGUUUCGGUUAAUUUAAAAACGAGUGAAGCAACCGUUUUUCCUCCCUCUGCUGUAUUGAGACGUUAGGCAGCAGGCAGGCAGUCACAAGCAACACACACACCAUCCGUCCCUCUGUGGACUGCACCUCUCCAUCUAUAUCCCUCCCUCCUUCCUCCCUCCUCUAUCCCCCCUCCUCUAAUCCUCCCCAUCCCUCUGUUCCAUUCCCAGAUUAUCCAUUUUUAUUAAUUUGUUAACGUAUUAGCUCUUUUAAGGAUUAAAAACUGCUCACCCUAUCUCAAUCCUAUACGCCUCUCCUUCACUAGCAUCUCAUCGGCGCAUCCAGACACAGACACACAAACUUGACAUACACACUGGACAGCUCGCCAAUUCAACACAGCAGCGAUGGAGACAACUAAACUGCCCCCGACCAGCCCGUCCUCCCCGACCACCGGGUUCUCGGUACCGUCAGCGGAGAAGGUGGAUGGGUUUCCCCGGCGCUCGAUGCGUAGAGCCCGGCAGAGGCGCUCCCACUCCUCGUCCCAGUUCCGCUACCAGAGCUCCCAGGUCGAGCUAACGCCACUGCCGCUGCUCAAAGAUGCCCCUGUGGCAGAGCUCCAUGACCUGUUCUGUAAGAAGCUGCAGCAGUGCUGCGUCCUCUUUGACUUCCUGGACUGUGUGGCUGACCUGAAGGGGAAAGAGAUCAAACGAGCUGCGCUCAAUGAACUGGUGGAGUCUGUUGCUACAAGCAGAGGAGUUCUGAUAGAGCCACUCUACCCAGAGGCUAUUAAGAUGAUCUCAGUGAAUAUCUUCAGGACAUUACCUCCCAGUGAGAACCCAGAGUUUGACCCGGAGGAGGAUGAACCCACUCUAGAGGCCUCCUGGCCACACCUGCAGCUGGUGUAUGAAUUCUUUCUGCGUUUCCUGGAGAGCCCAGACUUCCAGCCCUCCAUGGCCAAACGCUACGUUGACCAGAAGUUUGUUCUUCAGCUGUUGGAAUUGUUUGACAGUGAGGAUCCGAGGGAGAGAGAGUACCUAAAGACCAUCCUGCAUCGUGUCUACGGCAAACUGCUCGGCCUGCGGGCAUACAUACGCAAACAGAUCAACAAUAUCUUCCUCAGGUUUAUCUAUGAGACCGAGCACUUCAACGGUGUGGCAGAGCUACUGGAGAUCCUGGGCAGCAUUAUAAACGGGUUUGCUCUGCCCUUGAAGUCGGAACACAAGCAGUUCCUGGUUCGAGUCCUGAUACCUCUACACACAGCCAAGUCUCUGUCCAUUUUCCAUGCACAGCUGGCGUACUGUGUGGUCCAGUUUAUGGAGAAAGAUUCUACUGUCACAGAAUACAUCAUACGAGGGCUCCUCAAAUACUGGCCCAAAACCUGCACCCAGAAAGAGGUGAUGUUCCUAGGGGAGAUAGAGGAGAUACUGGAUGUGAUCGAGCCAUCUCAGUUUAUCCGUGUUCAGGAGCCUCUCUUCAAACAGAUUGCUGCCUGCAUCUCCAGCCCACACUUCCAGGUAGCAGAGAGGGCCUUGUACUUCUGGAACAACGAGUACAUCCUGUCUCUGAUAGAGGAGAACUGUCAGGUGAUUCUACCGCUGGUCUUCGCCACACUCUACAGAGUGUCCAAGGAGCACUGGAACCAGACUAUAGUCUCUCUGAUCUACAACGUUCUGAAGACCUUUAUGGAGAUGAACAGCAAGCUGUUUGAUGACCUCACUGCCUCUUACAAAGUGGAAAAACAGAAGGAGUUGAAGAGGGAGUGUGAGCGUGCAGAGCUGUGGCGGGGGCUGGAUGAGCAGCAGGAGAGGAGACUGCAGAUCCUGGGGGAGGCCAGUCGCAAUCAGAAGAACCUCCAGGAGAGAGGGGAGCCUCCUCAGCCCACCUCCACACAGACGGCAUUCCCUGAGCAGCCAAACCCCGAGCUCAGUGGAGCCUCUUCUAACACCUAGAACCAGACAGCGGAGGAUCAGUACCAGGAUACUUAGAGGACAUGCAGAGACAGUAUGCACAUAGCCAAACACACACAUGUACACACAAAGGAGCAGACGCACACGCUCAAACACACACACACACACACACACACACACACACACACACACACACACACACACACACACACACACACACACACACACACACACACACACACACACACACACACACACACACACACACUGACAACGUACACAUAAACACAUACAGAGUCGCACACAGGCAUAUACUGUUUACACACACACACACUCGUGCAGAAUGUAAACAGAAGAUGGAUCAACUCAAACACAUAGACUACAUUGAAGUGCAAACACAGCCCUCUACAUACUCACUGGAAGACUACCCACACAAACUGCCCAUCUUAAACAAGACAUAUUUCUCUCUCUCACACUCACACACACACACACACACACACACACACAUACUCACACUCACACACCCAGGUACUGGUUCUAGUUGUCUAGGUUUUGACGUGGAACCGUUUUCCCGGUUCUCCGACAAAGGACUUUAUACCGUCCCAAAAGAUACAGAGGAAUGAUGACGUGAAUGCUACAUAAUAUUGUUGCUUCUUCUUCUAUUCUUCUCUACUGUACUACUACUACUACUACUACUACUGAUGUUUUUAUAUAUAUAUAUAUAUAUAUAUAUAUGUCUGAAUAUUAUGAUUAUUAUAGUGUUGGUGGGAGAAUCUUUAGUGUAGAACUCCUAAAGCUUUAGCAUAACUUGUGCAUGGUCCAAAUCACACCCUAUUCGCUACAGAGCGAGUGCACUAUUGGCCAAAUGUAGUACACUAUAUGGGGCCUAAUCCCCAUAUUGUAGUGCAAUACUACUGACCAAAAGCAGUGCACUAUAAUGGGGAAAGGGGCUACUUCCCAAAUGGCACCCUAUUCCCUACAUAGUGCACUACUUUUGACAAGCGCCCUAUGGACCCUGGUCAAAAGUAGUGCACUAUUUAGGGAAUAGGGUGCCAUUUGGGACGUACAAAGUGUAUGCUUUUGGGCGACCCCUAAUCUCCUAAACUAAAACAAUGUUCUGAUAUGUCAUUAUUCUUGUCCAUUCAUAAUUGGGCAUAGAGAGAAGGAAGAGUCAGAAAACCACGUUUUUCUAGUAAUAUUCUAAUUUGUUUUGGAUAAUGUGUGUAUUGGGGUCGUGUCCUAAAUGGCACCAUUUUCCCUAUGAAGUGCACUACUUUUGACCAGGGCCCAUAGAGCUCUGGUCAACAGUAGUACACUAUAUAGGGAAUAGGGUGCCAUUUGGGAUGUGACCUCAGUCUACCAUCUGUGGGCUCAGUCUACUAGUCCUUGAUAUCACACUGUCUUACUGUUCUUCUGUGCAUCUUAUUAUGAUUCAUUCGUUUGAUGAAAUUAUUUUGAAUUUGUUUUAAUAUUUUUAUGUUUUUGUGUGUUCAUUUUGGCGAUAUCUGAUAUUUAUGAUAUUUUUUCAUUUGAUCUCUGGAAUUGUGACCUUAUUGCAGGAAGUUGGCAAAGAUGAGACGUGUUUGUGUGUGUGUGUGUGUGAGAGAGAGAUGGAGAGGUCAUGGAAGUGUGUGUGUGUAUGCGUGUAUGCGUGUGUGUUCAUGUGUGUAAGAUGCAGAGGUGAUGGAAGUGUGUGUUUGAGAGAAUUCAGUAUGAGUGUAACAGUGACAGGAGAUGUGUAUAGACAGAGUGAUAGAGGGAGAGAGGUGGCAUUGAUCCCUCUUUCUCUCUUCUCUCCCUUUCUCUCCUUUCGUAGGAACGGGAUUUGAAUCAGAAUGUAACACUUUUGAUUGAUUGUGAAUCUGGAGGUUUUUCUUGCGUCUUGUUACCAAGACAACCAGACCAGCAGCCUUCAACACCUUUAACAGUUUUUAGUUUCAACAAAACAAAAAAGGAAAUAAACAAACAAACCUCACUAUCGUUUAAACACUUCCUGAAUUUUGCACGUUACCCAUAAUUCCCCCAUUUGUCAGUCAGUCAGUUCGCUGGGAAAAUAAUCUUCCCUUCCACUAUUCUGUUCUAGAACAAGAAGAAUCCUUCCGGAAAUCGGGAAUGCUGAAAUUGGAACGCAAUUUAUCAACUGAAAGGAGAGGUUCCCGUCAGUAGAAUUAUAGAACAGCAAUAAUAAUGGAAUUGAAUAUGUACGCAUAAGUAGCAUUGCUAAACUACAAUUGCAGUGUCCUCCUGGUCUGGUUUGUAGGCUAUCCGCGCUCAGAAACAUAGAAAUGAUUGAGGAUGACCAUGUAUUUUUUUUUCCGGGGACCAACAGCUGGGUAGAUGAAUGUACAGUCAAGUUAAACCGGGAUUGUAGAAAGGAAAAGAUGUGUUAAAUUAACUUCACUUUGAGAAAACAAUGGAGUGUGUUUGUGUCGUUUUUUUAAUGGUCUCUUGUGUAUUCUCUCUCUCUCUUUUGUCCCUAUCACUCCAUCCAUCUAAUGGGGCAUAGAUGUUAAGUCCCCUAUUCAGGGUUCUGGACCGGUUCCAACUGAUAUAUUGCUGUACAGAGCACUCUGUGAAUUUCACAGGGUUUUAGUGCUUUAUAGUGCCAGAAAGCCCCAUCUGUCUGCUUUCUGUUACCACUCUUGUCAGUGGUGCUGACUUGAAGUGUCAGGUUUCACACCAUACAUUUGCAUAGGGAAUGAGUGUAACAUUUUCUGUUCUAUCCAGACAAAGAGAAUCCGGUAAUCAUCGUUUCAUCUCGCUGUAAUAUUCUCAGACUAAUUUAUAGCUGUCAACAUUUUAAUCAUAUUUGUACUAUGUAUUUAAGCUUGUGUUCUCAAAAGUGAGUACACCUCAGCAAGUUAUAACUAUGUUUAAUAAAAAGGUGAACUCAU